UAAAUAGAUAAAUAUUUAACAAAAAAAAAAAACAUAAUGUCCACACUACCGUUCCUAUUAAGUGUUGCUGAUGAAUUGGACAAUUUAAACUCGCAAACCUACAUGGACGACUUUGGGUUGGGCUUCCAUCCCCAUCGUCAUUACUAUCGCAAUCCAAAUCCUUCAAUUCAACUCUCAUUGCCUGCUAGCACCGAUUGGAUUGAGGAAAAACAACGGUGUCGCAGUCAUAAGUUCGCAUCAGUCGACCACGACAACGACGACGACGAUGAAUCACAAAAUAAUUGCGACGAUGAAGGAAAUAAUGACGACGCAGAUCAAAACGCCACCACAAACCACACCUCAAAUCGCAAUUCAUUCACCACAAACUCCAAUGACCAGGAUAACAUCGAUAACACUGUACACAUGUAUAAUCUGACGAAAAAAUGUCGCAAAUACAAUCAUGGAGCAUCAACAUCCCAGGACAUCACAACUCCAUCGUCAUCGUCGUCCUUUGGCGUUGGCUUCGGCGGCGGUAUUCCCAAAAACUCAAAUCUACAUCUAAAAAUGAAACCAAACAAAUUGCAGUCACAGUCGCUAUCGUGUCCGUCUACAUCGUCGUCCGAUGAGAGUCUACAAAAGACAUCGAUGACACUGUCGUCCCUCGCAUCGAUAGAGUUCUUGACUUGUUUUCCAGUCAAAAAGAACAAAACGCCAAAGUGCAGCAGCACCAAUAGCAAGAAGUCAUAGGGACUUUCCUGCAGCCCUUUCGCUUUGAGUUUGAAGAGGCUCCUUAUAAUAAUUAUUGUGAGGUUGCAUGCAACCUUGUUCUAUUUGUAUACUUGAUGGGGGUAAGCCGCCACCACCCGCCGCUGCUGCCCCCAUAAACUACCAACCCCUCUACCCCCUCCCCAACCCUCUGCUGAGGGCAACUUUUUUUAUCAAAGACAAAUUGUUAUAAUUAUUAACUUCAAUUUCUAAUAACAUAUAAAAUAUGUAUGUAAUAAAUAAUAUAUAACAUACGUAUAUACCUACAUAUAGUAGAUACAUAUAUAAUUUAUAUAUAUAUACGAAUUUGCUAAAUCUUUUGUGUAUAUUUACAACAACUUAACAAAAAUAAAAACAAAAACAAAAAUAAUAACAACAAAAUAAUAUCUCGCCCCAUGUCCUUGCACCAAAUUCUAACCUCAAUCUGCACAAAAACAGUAUAAAUAAAAAUAAUUAACAACAAAAACAAAAGAGUAUUUCGCACCAAAAAUAAUAACAACAACAACAGCAACAAAAACAAGUGUGUAAUGCUUUUUGCUGCCGCUAGGAGUGCUAGUGCUGCUAUUGCUGCUUUAAUACCGCUCCGCUUUCACCGAUAGAUGCACAAUAUACUCGUAAAAUGCUGUUAGUAUAGGGGUUAGGUACCUUACCUCAUAGAGAGAGAGAAGAAAAUUAAUUGCUAUAAAAAGGAUACCAUCAAAUUAUGGAGGAAACUCCUCAAGGAUUUUGUAUUUUGUACAUUUUCAACUACAAUAAACGGGACAAGGUAGUUAAAUAAGCAAAAAUUAAAAAGAAGAAGAAGAAAAAAAAGAAAAUAAGAGAAAUCGUUGUGUGGUGGACUUUUUAAAAAUUCAGGACAACAAUGAAAGGACAUAUGUACGUUGUUGUCGUCGUCGUCGUUCAUUCGGUUGUCGUCGUCGUACGAGUAUAAUAAUAAUAUAGUCGCUUCGAAGUCGUCCUCAAAUAUAUAUAUAGCUGUGUGUGUACCAAUGUGCAAUAUCCUUUUGCUCUUAUCCUUUAUACGAAAUUACUAACAGUACUAUGUCUGUAAGAGGAUGUUUUUUUUUGUAUGGAAAAAAUAUUGCAUGAUUUCGGGCGGGCAAACAUAAAUAAGAGAAAAAACAAAAUGAUAGUAUAGUACGACCGAUGACGACGAGGACCUUUAAGGCAAAAAGGAGGCGGAACAAUAAAACAACAACAAAAAAAGAACAAGAAAAUAAAAACAAAAACAAAACAAAA